CAGCAAAGUGUCAGCGCGCGAGGUGGGUGUGAGACACGAGCCUUCAUAUUUGUCUGACGUGAGGCAGAAACUCUCAGAAGAGCAAGAAGUCAAGAGAACGGAACCAAAGCAGACAAGAAAGGCCAGCGAGAGAGGGAGAUGAGGACCUUCCAGAGCCAAAGCCAGCCUGCGCAGCGCGGAGCCGCCAGCAGCCUGCACUACCUCGGGAGCAGCCCCGUGAGUCCGCUCAGCACGGCCAGCAUCACCCUCGCAGCCCUACUCAUCCUCACCAUCCCAGUCUGCAAAAGUGCUCCAGCAGAACUUCAGCAAACCACAACAGAUCAGAAGCAGCUACUCAACCAGAUAGACGCUGUGUGCUCAUCCUACCUCUCUGGUGACCUGACGUUUUGGGCAUCGGAUGUCUUAGGAGAACUCUGUGUCUUGAUGCUAUUUCAGAAGUCAAAGGAGCUGAAAGUGAGAGAAAAUAGUAAAAGGUUUUUAUUUCAUUACUCUAGACCACAAGGUUGUGGCUUGUCACGGGGGGCGGUAAGUAAGUUAAAAAAUAAAUCUGCACUGUGACACAGUAUGUUGCUUGACCUAAGGAAGGCACCUCUAAUUGUUUUACAACUAUAUGUGACCUGCACUUUUUGUGUGAGUAUGAUACUUCACUUGAAACAACUGAGUCUAGUGCACUAACUAUUGUUAGGCAGUAGCACCAGCUGUGUAAUUAUCACACUUCAGGCUAAUAUAUAGGUACACAUGCAGACAAAUACUGCGACAGUGCUCAUAUACAAAAAUAUAAAAUGAAACCUUACCCUAGCACUCGUCUCCCUUGUUCUGUGCUCUGCAUUUCAGAUGCUUAUUCUCUUAACCUGGCAAGAUUUUGUGUAGGAUGGCAACAGCAUGGCUCCGCAGCCGGCUUUAUUUCUUGAUUGCAUGAGAUCUUGGGUUAUGUUUGCUCCCUCUGUCUGUUGUUAAAUGUUUAUCAAGACACAAGUAUAGCAUGAUAUCAAUACUGCAAACUUUGUCUGCAGUUCUUAAUAUCGCUACUUAACAAUGAGGGAAUUUGGAUAUUAAAGUACGUUUUGAUGAAUGAAUAUGAUCCUUUCUGUUUUUAUGUGUGAGUUAAAACUGCAAAAGAUUAUAUGGUCAUGUAGCAGAAAACAAAUUCAACACAAAUGGAGCAGAGCGCUUUUUCUUUGAAGCUGUAAUAAAAGUAGACUUUAAUGUUUACAUUGUCUUGUGUCAGUGUGAAACCAGAUGCCAUUAUUGUAUUUAUUUUCCUUUAUGUGCAUUUAUGCUUAUUGAAACCUAUAUCCCUAUAAAAACAUUCCAGGAUGCCCAUUCACUUGCAACAAUAAACCAUAUUUCUUAUAUGAAAUAUGAAGUUAUUUUGUGUCUCUGCUACUCCAUCACUGGUAUGUGAAUACAGCAGAAUAACAUGUGUUUAUCAAAACACUGAUGCUAAGGCUGCCCUGAGGACGCCUUUGUAUUAUUUUUGCAUGUCUGCAUUGCAUGGUCUUAUGUUUAUGAGAGUGAAACAGAUCUCUUUGCUUCUGAAGAGUCAAUAUUCUGUACUUUCCUUCUCGCUGGAGCAGUUAUUCAUGUUUGUGUGUCUGGCUCUAUCUGUGUGUGUGUGUGUGUGUGUG